CUGUUUCCUGUUAGGGUUAGUUAUACCAGUGCUUAUAGCUCUUUGCUAGCUUUCUUACUUCCCAACAGAAUUCAUCCACACACAAGUCUGAACAGCAAAGACAAGCUGUGUAGUAUGUUCUGUGGCUGUCCCACAUCUCAUGUAAUUCCUUCUCAAAGAAGACUCUAACUUUCCGUAACCAAAAACUUUUGGCUUGGGCUUGCUUUAGCCACCAGAAUUAAGCAGGUGGACUUAAAUUGAAUGUAGAUCAGAAUUUCAAAUAAUCUGGCCUGAUGUGCAUACGGAAGGAAUGAAGCAUGGAUGUGAAAGAACGCAGACCUUAUUGCUCCCUGACAAAGGGCAGAAGAGACAAAGAACGGCGUUAUACAAAUUCUUCAACAGAAAAUGAUGAGUGCAGAGUGCCUACACAGAAGUCCUACAGCUCAAGUGAAACCUUAAAAGCUUUUGAUCAUGAUUCUUCCAGAUUGCUAUAUGGAAACCGGGCAAAAGAUUUGGUCCACAGGGAGUCAGAUGAGUACAGCAGACAAGGACAGAAUUUUACCCUAAGGCAGUUAGGAGUAUGUGAACCAGCAACUCGAAGAGGACUGGCAUUUUGUGCUGAAAUGGGGCUACCUCACAGAGGUUACUCUAUCAGUGCAGGGUCAGAUGCUGAUACUGAAAAUGAAGGAGUGAUGUCUCCAGAGCAUGCCAUGAGACUGUGGGGCAGGGGGGUGAAAUCAGGCCGCAGUUCCUGUCUCUCAAGCCGUUCGAACUCAGCCCUCACUUUAACUGAUACUGAGCAUGACAACAAGUCCGACAGUGAGAAUGGGACUACUGCUCAGCCCACCCUAUGUUGGAACACUGAAUAUCAUGAUGAGGAUCUGAUCCUGAAUGGAGAUUCUGAAUGCUACCAAAAUACAAGUCCUCCCAUGCCAUCCUCUUCAUCUAGUCAAUCCGUUAUUGAACAUUUACAUUCCCCUCCUCCAUCACCUAAUCUCCAUGACAACCAGAGAUGGUUGCUAAGUACUAGUGCUAUCCAGCCAGAUCAGGACUCUGACACUGAUGAGGACUAUACUGCCAGCUCUUAUCUAGUACACACCGGUCCUGUUUCAGUUAUUGCCUCAGGUCAUGAGCAACCUCCAAAUAACCAAGGCCAGUCGACCCUGCAACCUUUGCCACCUUCUCACAAGCAGCAUUCAGCACAGCAUCACCCAUCUAUCACCUCCCUUAACAGAAACUCACUGACAAAUAGGAGGAACCAGAGUCCGGCCCCGCCGGCUGCUUUGCCCGCCGAGCUGCAAACCACACCUGAGUCGGUCCAGCUGCAGGACAGCUGGGUCCUUGGCAGUAAUGUGCCACUGGAAAGCAGGCAUUUCCUAUUCAAAACAGGAACAGGGACAACACCACUGUUCAGUACUGCGACACCGGGUUACACAAUGGCAUCCGGCUCGGUUUAUUCCCCUCCUACACGGCCACUACCUAGAAACACCUUGUCAAGAAGUGCUUUUAAAUUUAAAAAGUCGUCAAAGUACUGUAGCUGGAAAUGUACAGCACUCUGUGCUGUAGGGGUCUCUGUGCUACUGGCAAUACUACUAUCUUACUUUAUAGCAAUGCAUCUCUUUGGCCUCAACUGGCAGUUACAGCAGACUGAAAAUGACACAUUUGAAAAUGGAAAAGUGGAUUCUGAUACUGUGCCAACACACACUGUGUCAUUACCUCCUGGUGAAAAUGGAAAAUUAGGAGGAUUUGCACAAGAAAACAAUACUAUAGAUUCUGGAGAACUUGAUAUAGGCCGAAGAGCAACACAAGAGAUUCCUCCUGGGAUUUUCUGGAGGUCACAAGUCUUCAUUGAUCAGCCACAGUUUCUAAAGUUCAAUAUCUCCCUUCAGAAAGAUGCAUUGAUUGGAGUAUAUGGCCGAAAAGGCUUACCACCUUCACAUACUCAAUAUGACUUUGUGGAACUUUUGGAUGGGAGCCGUUUGAUUGCAAGGGAACAGCGCAACCUUCUUGAGGCAGAGAGAGCAAGUAGACAGGCAAGGUCUGUCAGUCUUCAUGAAGCAGGUUUCAUCCAGUAUUUGGAUGCUGGGAUCUGGCAUCUGGCUUUUUAUAAUGAUGGGAAAAAUACAGAACAGGUGUCUUUUAAUACACUUGUCAUAGAGUCUGUGGUGGAAUGCCCCCGCAAUUGCCAUGGAAACGGAGAGUGUGUAUCAGGAUCAUGCCAUUGUUUUGCUGGAUUUCUGGGCCCUGAUUGUUCAAGAGCAGCCUGCCCAGUAUUGUGCAGUGGCAAUGGGCAGUACUCCAAAGGACGCUGUCUGUGCUACAGUGGCUGGAAAGGUACAGAGUGUGAUGUGCCUACCACCCAGUGCAUUGACCCUCAGUGUGGAGGUCGUGGGAUUUGUAUCAUGGGUUCCUGUGCCUGCAACUCUGGAUACAAAGGAGAAAACUGUGAGGAAGCUGAUUGUCUAGAUCCAGCCUGUUCAAAUCAUGGUGUGUGUAUCCAUGGAGAGUGCCACUGUAAUCCAGGAUGGGGUGGUAACAACUGUGAAAUACUAAAGACUAUGUGUCCAGACCAGUGCUCUGGCCAUGGCACAUAUCUUCAAGAAAGUGGCACAUGCACUUGUGACCCUAAUUGGACUGGUCCUGACUGCUCCAAUGAAAUCUGUUCUGUUGACUGUGGCACACAUGGCAUCUGCAUGGGUGGAACUUGUCGUUGUGAAGAAGGCUGGACUGGCCCAUCCUGUAGUCAAAGAGCAUGUCACCCUCGAUGUGCUGAACAUGGAACAUGUAAAGAUGGGAAGUGUGAAUGCAGCCAAGGCUGGAAUGGCGAGCACUGCACAAUUGAGGGAUGCCCUGGCCUAUGUAACAGCAAUGGAAGAUGUACUCUGGAUCAAAAUGGCUGGCAUUGUGUUUGUCAGCCAGGAUGGAGGGGAGCAGGAUGUGAUGUCGCCAUGGAAACUUUAUGUACUGAUAGCAAGGAUAAUGAAGGAGAUGGAUUAAUUGACUGCAUGGAUCCUGACUGCUGUUUACAGAGUUCCUGCCAAAACCAACCCUAUUGUCGUGGGCUGCCUGACCCACAAGAUAUCAUUAGCCAAAGCCAGCAAUCACCAUCUCAGCAAGCAGCCAAAUCUUUUUAUGAUCGGAUCAGUUUUCUUAUAGGAUCAGACAGCACCCAUGUCAUUCCUGGAGAAAGCCCUUUCAAUAAAAGUCUUGCAUCUGUCAUAAGGGGCCAAGUAUUAACAGCAGAUGGAACGCCACUCAUUGGAGUUAAUGUGUCCUUUUUACAUUAUCCAGAUUAUGGGUACACAAUCACUCGUCAAGAUGGAAUGUUUGACUUGGUGGCCAAUGGAGGUGCAUCUUUAACGUUAGUGUUCGAACGAUCACCAUUCCUUACUCAAUACCACACAGUCUGGAUUCCAUGGAACGUCUUCUAUGUCAUGGACACCCUUGUCAUGAAGAAGGAGGAGAAUGACAUUCCCAGCUGUGAUCUGAGUGGAUUUGUGAGACCAAAUCCUGUGAUUGUCUCAUCACCUUUAUCUACCUUGUUCAGGAUUUCCCCUGAGGACAGUCCUAUUAUUCCUGAGACUCAGGUCCUACAUGAAGAGACCACAAUCCCAGGAACUGAUUUGAAACUGUCGUAUUUAAGUUCCAGAGCAGCAGGGUAUAAAUCUGUUCUUAAGAUCACCAUGACGCAGUCGGUGAUACCGUUUAACUUAAUGAAGGUGCAUCUCAUGGUGGCAGUGGUGGGAAGACUUUUCCAAAAAUGGUUUCCUGCAUCCCCAAAUUUGGCUUACACAUUCAUAUGGGAUAAAACUGAUGCAUAUAAUCAAAAGGUCUAUGGUUUAUCUGAAGCUGUUGUAUCUGUCGGUUAUGAAUAUGAAUCUUGUUUGGAUCUAACACUUUGGGAAAAAAGGACAGCCAUUUUACAAGGCUAUGAAUUGGAUGCCUCCAACAUGGGCGGCUGGACACUAGAUAAGCAUCAUGUCCUGGAUGUUCAAAAUGGAAUCCUCUACAAAGGCAAUGGGGAAAAUCAGUUCAUCUCUCAGCAGCCACCGGUUGUCAGUAGUAUAAUGGGCAAUGGUCGACGCCGUAGCAUUUCUUGCCCAAGUUGCAAUGGUCAAGCGGAUGGCAAUAAGCUCUUGGCUCCAGUUGCUUUAGCUUGUGGUAUAGAUGGAAGCCUGUAUGUAGGGGAUUUUAACUACGUUCGACGGAUAUUCCCAUCUGGAAAUGUAACAAGUGUUCUUGAACUAAGCAGUAACCCAGCUCAUAGAUACUACCUUGCAACUGACCCAGUCACAGGAGAAUUGUAUGUUUCUGACACAAACACACGAAGGAUUUACCGUCCAAAGUCACUCACUGGGGCCAAGGACUUGACAAAAAAUGCUGAUGUGGUAGCAGGAACUGGAGAGCAGUGCCUUCCAUUUGACGAAGCAAGAUGUGGUGAUGGUGGCAAGGCUGUAGAAGCAACUCUCAUGAGUCCCAAAGGACUGGCAGUAGACAAAAAUGGAUUAAUCUACUUUGUUGAUGGAACCAUGAUCAGGAAAGUGGACCAGAAUGGAAUAAUAUCAACAUUGCUUGGCUCAAAUGAUCUGACUUCAGCACGACCUUUAACAUGUGACACCAGCAUGCAUAUCAGCCAGGUGCGUCUGGAGUGGCCAACGGAUUUGGCAAUCAACCCAAUGGAUAACUCCAUAUAUGUGUUAGAUAACAAUGUCGUUCUUCAGAUUUCUGAAAAUCGGCAAGUCCGUAUUGCUGCUGGGAGGCCAAUGCAUUGUCAAGUUCCUGGAGUGGAGUACACAGUAGGGAAACAUGCAGUACAGACCACUUUAGAAUCAGCCACGGCUAUUGCUGUAUCUUAUAAUGGAGUGCUUUACAUUACAGAAACUGAUGAAAAAAAGAUUAACAGAAUAAGACAAGUCACAACUGAUGGAGAGAUCUCAUUAGUUGCUGGAAUACCUUCUGAGUGCGAUUGCAAGAAUGAUGUUAAUUGCGACUGCUACCAAAAUGGUGAUGGUUAUGCUAAAGAUGCCAAACUUAAUGCCCCAUCUUCCUUAGCUGUAUCACCUGAUGGAACAUUGUACAUUGCAGAUCUUGGAAAUAUUCGGAUACGAGCCGUGUCAAAGAACAAACCACUGCUGAAUUCAGUGAAUUUUUAUGAAGUUGCCUCUCCAACUGAUCAGGAACUCUAUAUCUUUGAUGUCAAUGGCACACAUCAGUAUACUAUGAGUCUAGUCACAGGAGACUAUCUGUACAAUUUUAGCUACAGUAAUGACAAUGAUAUCACUGCAGUAACUGACAGCAAUGGAAACACCCUUCGUAUUAGACGGGAUCCCAAUCGAAUGCCAGUGAGGGUCGUAUCUCCUGACAACCAAGUCAUAUGGUUAACUAUAGGAACCAAUGGAUGUUUGAAAAGUAUGACAGCCCAAGGGCAGGAGCUAGUCUUAUUUACAUAUCAUGGCAACAGUGGACUCCUAGCAACUAAAAGUGAUGAGACUGGAUGGACAACUUUUUUUGACUACGACAGUGAGGGGCGAUUAACCAAUGUCACAUUUCCAACUGGAGUGGUCACCAACCUGCACGGGGAAAUGGAAAGGGCUAUUACAGUAGACAUUGAAUCUUCUAGCAGAGAGGAAGAUGUCAGCAUUACUUCAAAUCUAUCAUCAAUUGAUUCUUUCUAUACAAUGGUACAAGAUCAAUUAAGAAACAGCUACCAGAUUGGAUAUGAUGGGUCCCUCAGAAUUAUCUAUGCCAGUGGCCUGGAUACACACUACCAGACAGAACCUCAUGUUUUAGCUGGCACAGCCAAUCCAACUGUAGCAAAAAGAAAUAUGACUCUUCCUGGAGAAAAUGGACAGAAUUUAGUGGAAUGGAGGUUCCGAAAAGAACAAGCCCAAGGCAAAGUCAAUGUAUUUGGCCGAAAGCUCAGAGUUAAUGGUAGGAACCUCCUUUCAGUUGAUUUUGAUCGGACCUCAAAGACAGAGAAGAUCUACGAUGACCACCGUAAAUUUCUCUUGAGGAUUGCCUAUGACACAUCAGGACAUCCAACUCUUUGGCUCCCAAGCAGCAAGCUUAUGGCUGUCAAUGUUACUUAUUCAUCUACAGGUCAAAUUGGCAGUAUCCAGAGAGGAACCACUAGUGAAAAAGUAGAUUAUGAUGGGCAGGGAAGAAUUGUAUCUAGACUAUUUGCUGAUGGCAAAAUGUGGAGUUACACAUAUCUUGAAAAGUCUAUGGUCCUCUUGCUGCAUAGUCAACGGCAAUACAUCUUUGAAUAUGAUUUAUUGGACCGGCUUUCUGCAAUAACCAUGCCUAGUGUUGCUCGCCAUACUAUGCAAACUAUCCGUUCCAUUGGCUAUUAUCGGAACAUCUACAAUCCCCCUGAAAGCAAUGCCUCUGUCAUAAUGGACUACAAUGAGGAAGGGCAGUUGUUACAAACUGCUUUCUUGGGUACAAGUCGAAGAGUCCUUUUCAAAUACAGAAGGCAGACCAGGCUCUCUGAAAUCCUGUAUGAUAGUACAAGAGUCAGUUUUACUUAUGAUGAGACAGCGGGAGUUCUGAAAACAGUAAACCUCCAGAGUGAUGGGUUUAUCUGCACCAUUAGAUACAGGCAAAUUGGCCCAUUGAUUGACAGGCAGAUUUUCCGCUUUAGUGAAGAUGGAAUGGUAAAUGCCCGAUUUGACUACAGCUAUGACAAUAGCUUCAGAGUGACUAGCAUGCAAGGUGUAAUCAAUGAAACCCCAUUGCCUAUUGAUCUUUACCAGUUUGAUGACAUCUCUGGAAAAGUUGAGCAGUUUGGAAAAUUUGGGGUUAUAUAUUAUGACAUUAACCAGAUAAUUUCAACAGCUGUAAUGACAUACACAAAACACUUUGAUGCCCACGGCCGCAUAAAAGAAAUUCAGUAUGAGAUAUUCAGAUCACUUAUGUACUGGAUUACGAUUCAGUAUGAUAACAUGGGGCGAGUAACUAAAAGAGAAAUUAAAAUAGGGCCAUUUGCUAACACAACCAAGUAUGCUUAUGAAUAUGAUGUUGAUGGUCAGCUACAAACAGUUUACCUAAAUGAGAAAAUAAUGUGGCGCUACAACUAUGACUUGAACGGCAAUCUCCAUUUGCUCAAUCCAAGUAAUAGUGCUCGUUUAACACCACUUCGGUAUGAUUUGAGAGACAGAAUCACUCGGCUAGGUGAUGUUCAGUACCGGCUAGAUGAAGAUGGAUUCCUGCGGCAGAGGGGUACAGAGAUAUUUGAAUACAGCUCAAAGGGGCUCCUGACCAGAGUAUAUAGCAAAGGCAGUGGGUGGACAGUGAUAUACCGUUACGAUGGACUUGGAAGACGAGUUUCUAGUAAAACCAGUCUGGGUCAACACCUUCAGUUUUUUUAUGCAGACCUUACAUAUCCCACAAGGAUAACUCAUGUAUACAACCAUUCAAGUUCUGAAAUCACCUCUCUCUACUAUGACUUGCAAGGACACCUAUUCGCCAUGGAGAUCAGUAGUGGAGAUGAGUUCUAUAUCGCUUCAGACAACACUGGCACACCACUGGCUGUUUUUAGUAGCAAUGGUCUAAUGCUUAAGCAGAUCCAGUAUACAGCUUAUGGCGAGAUCUAUUUUGACUCCAAUCUUGACUUCCAGUUAGUGAUUGGAUUCCAUGGAGGCCUUUAUGACCCUCUGACCAAACUAAUUCAUUUUGGCCAAAGAGAUUAUGACAUAUUGGCAGGCCGUUGGACUACACCUGACAUUGAAAUUUGGAAAAAAAUAGGGAAGGAUCCAGCUCCUUUUAAUCUAUAUAUGUUUCGAAAUAACAAUCCAGCCAGCAGAAUACAUGAUGUAAAAGAUUAUAUCACAGAUGUUAACAGCUGGCUGGUGACAUUUGGUUUCCACCUGCACAAUGCUAUCCCAGGAUUCCCUGUGCCCAAAUUUGAUUUAACAGAGCCCUCCUAUGAACUUGUGAAGAGUCAGCAGUGGGAUGACAUACCGCCAAUUUCUGGAGUGCAACAACAAGUGGCAAGGCAAGCAAAGGCUUUCCUGUCCCUAGGAAAGAUGGCAGAAGUCCAGAUCAGCAAGCGCAGACCCGGCGGAGAGAAAUCAUGGUUGUGGUUUGCAACAGUGAAAUCUUUGAUUGGGAAAGGGGUUAUGCUUGCUGUCAAUCAAGGCAAAGUGCAGACUAAUGUGCUUAAUAUUGCAAACGAGGAUUGUAUCAAAGUGGCCGCUGUUCUGAACAAUGCAUACUACCUGGAAAAUUUGCAUUUCACCAUUGAAGGAAAGGACACACACUAUUUCAUCAAGACCACCUCACCAGAGAGUGACCUUGGCACGUUGAGACUGACAAGCGGCCGGAAGGCCCUAGAAAAUGGUAUCAACGUCACCGUUUCCCAGUCCACCACUGUAGUGAAUGGCAGGACUCGUAGGUUUGCAGAUGUUGAAAUGCAGUAUGGUGCGCUGGCUCUUCACGUCCGCUACGGCAUGACUCUUGAUGAGGAAAAGGCACGGAUAUUAGAGCAAGCUAGGCAAAGAGCUCUUUCCAAUGCCUGGGCCAGAGAACAACAAAGAGUGAGAGAUGGAGAGGAAGGUGCCAGGUUAUGGACAGAAGGGGAAAAGAGGCAACUAUUGAGUGCUGGAAAAGUCCAAGGAUAUGAUGGGUACUAUGUACUCUCCGUGGAGCAAUACCCGGAAUUAGCAGACAGCGCUAACAAUAUACAGUUCCUUAGGCAAAGUGAGAUUGGAAAGAGGUAACACACUGGUUGAGCCUGGGCUGCCAAAGAGACUCACCCUGUACCAGUGUCUUCUGACAGGAGACCAAAUUGUUUUGCUGCAUUACUACUUGAGUCUAAAUGUACACCUUUGCUCAGAUUUUUCUGUAGCACAAUCCCAAUAGACUCUACAACAAAGAGAGAGCCUUCCAGAAGAAUGAUAUUGCUAAAAAGAAAAACUGGGUUUUUUUUCUGAAUGACCUUAAAGGUGAUCUGCUUUAAAGAAUAUGUUUACAUAUGCAUAUCGCUGCACUCAAGUUGGACUGAAAGUAUUAAAAGAAAGACCUAAAGGGUUUGCAACAAGCUGCCUAUUCUUUUGAGGCACUGUCUUUUCAUUAAAAAAAAAAAAAGAUCCAAACAGUGUUUCCAAAUGUUACUAAACCGUUGACCUUUGCUUACAAUAGUCUCUCUCCUCUCUCUUGCUCUCUUCCACUCUCUGCAUAGGAUGUGGUAUAUAUAUUUGUUCAUUUUAAAAUGUGGGGCAAAAAACUCUUGUUUAUGGACACCCAAAUGGCUUUAAACUGUGCUGCUUCUAAAAGGACACUGGCACAAGCAAUUUAUGCUACAAUGGGAAUUUAAUAAUGGAUUUUACAGUGAUAACAUGGUUUGCAUUGGGGGAGGGAUGGCAAAUAGACUCCUUGUCAAAGAGAAGCAAAGGAAACCUUGAUUUUUUUUGUAAAUUAUGUGAGACAAGUUGUUUAUGGAUUUUUAUAUGAAUUACAAUUUACUGUACAUCAAAUAUUAGUCUCAGAGGAGUUAAUUUAUGUAAAGUGUUUAAAAAAGGUUUAUACUUAAAAUAAAAUGAUAAAAAUGUGCAGUGUGUGGAUUUUUUUAAAGGAAUUGCACCUUUUGUUAUGUUAUAGCUGUACAGUAUAAAGAGUUAUAUUGUAGAGAUAUAACAGUAUAUGGCUAAUGGCCAGAAGUGUUAAUAUUUUUGUAUUAGCUUUAAAAAUGGUGCAUUUUUCUCUUUUGAUUGCUCCUGGGAAAGGUUGGUGCAGGCCCAAAUUGCAAGGUAAUUGGGCAGCAACUCCUUUCUCUUCCUCUACCUUUGCUUGGCUCCUCAGCCAGCAUGGCUUCAUCACUCGCUGCUACGAGGGAGAGCAACUCAAUAAGACAUUGAUUAUGAUAGAAGACUUUUGUAGGCUGGGCAUGUGUUGUCCUCUUCCAGUUCUAAAGGUGUAUUUAUUCAUUUUGCAGCGCUGUUAUGUAUUUUUAAAAUGUGGGAUAUAAAGCUGUGUAAUGUGAUAAAAGGAACAAUCCUAUACAUUAUAUAUACUCAGAGAGGUUAGUCUCACUGUGUUCAGUGGGGCUUACUCUCUAGUGAGGGGGUUUAGGAUAGCAGCCUCAGGUGGUUAGCAAGUUGUAUAUGAAUGGCAUUAUGGAGCAGCUCUCACCUCCACAGCAACAUCAUUUCAGGGGCAGGGUUCUGCCUUGGCUUCUCUGAAAGAAAUGUUUUUAGCCUUUCACUGGAAGUAAGCAGAAUUUGUAACAUGUAGAUGGAACAGUGAGUUAAACAAAUACCCUAGCCUUUAAUCCUCUUGUCCGCCAAAAAUAGUCACUAUAUGAGCUGUAAAAUAAGGUGAGAGUUUCAGCUUAGUGCCUAAUCCACAACAGAAGUCUACCGCACAGUUUAGCAAGACUUGCUCAUAAGCUCAGUCCAACUCUAAUGUUUUAGGACUUGAGAUGUGCAAAUAGCAGAGCUUAACUUGGGUCAUAGCUCAGCCCUUUUGAACCAGGUUUAAAUACUGGGCCUCUGCUGUAGAACAUCUGAAGAAACAAUAAAGGGAAUGCUUCUGAUAUGAACAUGUUCCAAGUGAAUAUCUCUCACCGCUAAACAAUCACAGUCUGCUGUCACUUAUCUAAGACUGAGGGUGGGAGGGAUAGAUUUUCCAUGCCAAACGGUAAAACUUUCUGGCAGGCCUGAGACCAAGCACCUCUUUGCUUUAUUACAAAAUCAAAUCACAAAGAGACAGCAGAUUUUACUAUGCCUUUCAGAGGGAUCUAGAUUAUAAUAAUGUCACAAUAUUCAUUCUGCUUCAGUAGCACAGACUUCAGUCACUCUUCCAAAAUUCUGCUAGUCUCAGUUUCCAGGUUGUUUUUUAAAAAUCCAUCCCUCAGAUUUGCAAAGAUAACAUUUUUUUAAAAUAACAUCCAUAUCUGCAGUGUGUGCUAAAGACUUACAUGUCAGAAAAUCUGCAUUAAAGUGAUUGUUGGUUUCUGGCCUCUGCCCAUAUGCCACCCCUCACCAAAUUUUAUAAAUACAACAGUUCCAAAAAGCUCAGUAUUUGCAAGUGGACUGAAUCACAUAGGAUUGAAAAUGCAUUCAGAGGGUUAUUGUUGUUGUUUGCAUCACCUGUAAGUGGGGAGGGAAAAAGCAAAAAAACAAGCAUAAUUUUAGGGAUAUUCCUUCGUACAUUCUACAGCAUUUCUCAGCAAAUUCCUUGUUCCUGAGUGCUAUUUGGAGCCACAAAAAAUUAAAAUAUUGUUUACUGGUGUGUAGGGGGGAGUUUAAUUGUGCUGCACUCAAUAUGCAGAAUGGUAACAAAUGGCUGGUGAAUGUGUCUUCAAUACAUGAAGGGAAUAAUGCAGAUGGAAUAAAAAUAGUUUUCUAACUGCUUUCUGCACUGAGAUUCUAUAGUAUUAUGUGUGCUCUCAACUGCACAGUAGGAGUCUUGUCAAACAGGCUGUGAAUAGGUCACGCGAGUUACAGAAACUGCAGUAUCAGUGCUGUUGCUAUCCACGUACCACUUGGGUAGAACCUAUGGUACUGCUGACAUUUAGACUAAAAGCUGUUAUUUUAUUAAAGUAAAAAUUAAUGGUUAGUUUGUUUUUAUUUUUCAACCUUCAAGGAGCCCAAAUUUAGAAACCAUGAUUCACGAAACCCACUGCUCAGUGACAUUGUUCCACAUCUUACAGUAUUUUAAAUGUGGGAAACGCAGGGUGACUUCAGUUCUGUUAGAUAGGAUUUCAACAGCGUUAUAUCAGAGUGUUGUAAGCUCUAUCUGUGGAAUUAGGCUCAACCUUAGAAUUGUACUGGAAUAUUAUUCUCUUGAAAUAUUACAAAAAUAUCCAGUGUAUAACAUGUCAGAAUGGAACUAAAGCUUCUACUACAUGUGCCCUUGUUCUUUCUCCCUGGUUUUGGCCUUGAUAGCUCCCAAACUAUCUCUUGAUGAUCAUCUUAGUUGAAGGCCAACUAGUGGCCUUUUUAGUAGAUAUAUAAUAAGCUUUUUUCAUACUAGAAAGAAAAAAUCCUUCUGAUAUGGAUAUGCGCCUAUAUGAGACAGUAACUGUGGGGAAUAUGUAAACAAAAGACCUUUUUUAAAAAAACUAUGAAAAUAUGUAUUACAAUAAUUAACCUACAAAAAAUGAGAUU